UAAACGGGGCUCAGAACUUGUAACAGAAAAUUAAAAUAUACUCCACUCAGGGGAAUUCUGUACUUUGCCCUUUGGGUAAAGUCUCAUUUUGAUUUAAAUUUCUAAACCAUUCUUAAGAAAAUCACAUUUCCUUUGAUCUCUCUUCUGAAUUGCAGAAAUCAGAUAAAAAACUACUUGGUGAAAUGACUUCUUGUCACAUUGCUGAAGAACCUAUAAAAAAGGUUGCUAUCUUUGGAGGAACCCAUGGGAAUGAGCUAACUGGAGUAUUUCUGGUUAAGCAUUGGCUAGAGAAUGGCGCUGAGAUUCAGAGAACAGGGCUGGAGGUAAAACCAUUUAUCACUAACCCCAGAGCAGUGAAGAAAUGUACCAGAUAUAUUGACUGUGACCUGAAUCGCAUUUUUGACCUUGAAAAUCUUGGCAAAAAAAUGUCAGAAGAUUUGCCAUAUGAAGUGAGAAGGGCUCAAGAAAUAUAUCAUUUAUUUGGUCCAAAAGAUGGUGAAGAUUCCUAUGACAUUAUUUUUGACCUUCACAACACCACUUCUAACAUGGGGUGCACUCUUAUUCUUGAAGAUUCCAGGAAUAACUUUUUAAUUCAGAUGUUUCAUUAUAUUAAGACUUCUUUGGCUCCACUCCCCUGCUAUGUUUACCUUAUUGAGCAUCCUUCCCUCAAAUACGCGACCACCCGUUCUAUAGCCAAGUAUCCUGUGGGUAUAGAAGUUGGUCCUCAGCCUCAAGGGGUUCUGAGAGCUGAUAUCUUGGAUCAAAUGAGAAAAAUGAUUAAACAUGCUCUCGAUUUUAUACAUCAUUUCAAUGAAGGAAAAGAAUUUCCUCCCUGUGCCAUUGAGGUCUACAAAAUUAUAGAGAAAGUUGAUUAUCCCAGGGAUGAAAAUGGAGAAAUUGCUGCUGUCAUCCAUCCCAAUCUGCAGGAUCAAGACUGGAAACCACUGCAUCCUGGGGAUCCCAUGUUUUUAACUCUCGAUGGGAAGACGAUGCCAUUGGGCGGAGACUGUACCGUGUACCCCGUGUUUGUGAACGAGGCCGCAUAUUACGAAAAGAAAGAAGCCUUUGCAAAGACAACUAAACUAACGCUCAAUGCAAAAAGUAUUCGCUGCUCUGUACAUUAGAAAUCACUUCUAGCUCACAUCUUACACAGUGUCUUACAAAUUCUGCUAGUUUGUAAGCUCCUUAAGAGCAGGGUUGUGCCUUAUUCAACUGCAUUCAUAGCUCCUAGCACAGUGCCUUAUUCGGUAGGCAUCCAAGCAAAUUUCUUAAAUUAAUUAAUAUAUCUUAAAGGUACCAUAUUUUAUGUAUGUAGCUUAUUCAAAGAAGUGUUUCCUAUUUCUGUAUAGUUUAUUAUACAUUAUACUUGGGUAGCUCAACAUUCUUAAUCAACAGCCUUUGUAUUCAGAAUAUAAAACUGAAAUAGAUAUAUAUAUAAAGUUA